ACUGUCCCAUCGUAUGAAGAACAUACAGGAACAGUACAGGGAGCCUUUUUCAUUAACAACAUCAGCGCAGAUCUCCUGUCCAUAAAGCAUCAUGGCACUUACUGUUCACCUAAAAUGGUGUGUGAAGCUUCUGCUGCUGUUUGUUGUGCUUUGUGAAUUGUGUUCUGCUGAAAGGACCAAAACACUGGACUUCGAUGUCAAACCAGGAGGAGUUGUGCAGACUUUCUCUGCAAAACUUAAGAAGUAUAAAUGCACGUUCACAUAUGCAUGCCAAGGAGGAACCAACGAGCAAUGGCAAAUGAGUGUCGGACUAAGUGACGAUGAACAAAUGUUUUCCUGUUCAGUAUGGAGGCCCCAAGGGAAGUCCUACUUGUUUUUUACGCAGUUCAAAGCCGAGAUAAAAGGAGCCAAGAUCGAGUACGCCACCGCAUAUUCCCAGACGGCCGUGGGUGGACAGAGGGAUGUUGCUUUGAAAGAAGAAGAGUACAUAGUGUCAGAGUCUGCAGUGACACACAGAGAUGGAAAAUUCCAUUCAGAGCUUUCUAAGCUCACCGUCAUUGGUCGAAUACGCCAUGAUGAACUCUGAUUGGCCGAUUCAAAGGACAUUUGACAGCUAUGGACAUUUUGCCAAUUAUUUGCUCACGGUCAUAAGUCAAGCGAAGGAAAUCUCACCACAGGAUGUUCUGAAAAAUGAAUUUACUGUGAUAGAAAAAUGCUACAGAGAUUUCCUAUAGACGCCAGUGGCCAAAGGUUGGAUUGAUCAUCUUAGAGAGGUAGAUGAAAAGUCUAUUAUAGGAAAUUAUAAGGGGGAGAAAAAAAAAAUUGUACAUGCACAUUUUUUUCAUAUUUGUAAGGUGUUAUGAAGGCUUCUUUAUAUUCAGUGCAGAACAGCAGAUUGAUUUCUGUUCUUGUCAGAAUUUAUGGGUUUUUUAGGGUUUAUCUGACUUUGAUUCAUACCUGCAAAGCUGAUUAUCAAGAGUGCAUUCCUGCUCAUACUUACUACUUUCCUAGGCUGGUGUAAAGGCACGCUUGUAGACAAUUCCCACUAAAUCUUUGGGGUGUGUCAGAAUCCUUUGAGUAAUUCUGUGGUGGAGGAAAGGACAUAUAAAAAUGGUUACUGGAGUUUCUUUUAUCUCCCAAUCGUGCUUUAUUCUGAUAGCUGAUGUACUGGAAUUUUAAUAAAUCUGGUAUCAGAACAA